AUGCAUACCAGAAAGCCCCAUUCUCCUUUUCAAAGACAACAUAUGAUGGAUUGCGAUCUCUCAGCCCAGCAGGAUACGGGGACCAUGCAAGCUGUAAUUGGUCAGGAUCCAAUGAUAGCUGGACAAGUCAGUAAGCCCUUGCUGUCAGCGCAGAGUGAAAUGAAUGCGGAGUUGAGAGGUGAAGACAAGGCUGCUACUCCAGACAGCGAGCUGAAUGAGUCCCUGCUUGUGCCUGUGGAAUCAAAUGACAGCGAGGACACUCCCAGCAAGCUCUUCGGGGCCAGAGGAAACCCGGCUUUAUCAGACCCAGGCACUCCUGACCAACACCAGGCCAGUCAGACCCACCCCCCUUUCUCGGUUGGGCCUCAGCCACUUCUGACAGCACAACAGUUGGCCUCCGCUGUCGCUGGCGUGAUGCCGGGGGGCACACCGGCCCUCAACCAGCCCAUCCUGAUCCCCUUCAACAUGGCUGGACAGCUAGGAGGACAACAAGGACUGGUCCUCACACUGCCUACCGCGAAUCUCACCAACAUCCAAGGGCUGGUAGCAGCAGCUGCAGCUGGAGGCAUUAUGACUCUACCAUUGCAAAAUCUACAAGCUACCUCACCCCUGAACUCCCAGCUCCAGCAGCUGCAGCAGCUGCAGCAGCUCCCGCCGCCCGCCCAGCACCCGCCGCCCGGGCCGCCCGCGCAGCCCCCGCAGCCCCCGCAGCCGCAGCCGCCGCCGCCGCCGCAGCCCCCGCAGCCGCAGCCGCAGCCGCAGCCGCACAACCACAACCACAGCCGAGCGUCCCCGCCGCAGCAGAGCGCAAGCCCCCCUCAGAAAGCCAGCCAGUCGCCGGGACAGGGCCUGCCGUCGCCGCUCACGCCACCCAAUCCUCUGCAGCUGGUUAAUAAUCCACUAGCAAGUCAGGCUGCAGCAGCAGUAGCCAUGGGCUCCGUAGCAAGUUCACAGGCCUUUGGCAAUGCCCUCUCCAGUCUUCAGGGGGUCACGGGUCAACUAGUUACUAAUGCACAAGGACAGAUCAUUGGGACUAUUCCUCUGAUGCCGAAUCCGGGGCCAUCAAGCCAAGCAGCGAGCGGCACUCAGGGCCUCCAAGUACAGCCCAACCCCCAGCUCCUGACCAACGCCCAGGGCCAGAUCAUUGCCACAGUCAUCGGAAACCAGAUCCUGCCAGUGAUCAACACCCAGGGCAUCACGCUUUCACCCAUCAAGCCCGGCCAGCAGCUCCACCAAACCUCCCAGACGUCAGUGGGUCAAGCAGCCUCCCAAAGCAACCUUCUGCACCUGGCUCAUAGCCAAGCAUCCAUGUCUCAAAGCCCCGUCCGGCAGGCUUCUUCUUCCUCCUCCUCAUCCUCCUCUUCUUCAGCUUUGAGCGUGGGGCAGUUAGUCAGCAAUCCUCAAACGGCAGCGGGUGAGGUGGAUGGGGUUAAUCUGGAGGAGAUCCGAGAAUUUGCCAAAGCUUUUAAAAUCCGGCGCCUGUCCCUUGGCCUGACCCAGACUCAGGUGGGACAGGCUCUCAGUGCUACAGAGGGCCCCGCGUACAGCCAGUCGGCCAUCUGCAGACACACCAUCCUGAGAAGCCACUUUUUCCUACCACAGGAAGCCCAAGAGAACACUAUAGCUAGCAGUCUGACAGCCAAACUGAACCCUGGCCUUUUGUAUCCUGCCAGGUUUGAAAAGCUGGACAUCACCCCUAAAAGUGCCCAGAAGAUCAAGCCGGUGCUUGAGCGGUGGAUGGCUGAGGCUGAGGCCCGCCACCGAGCAGGUGUGCAGAACCUCACCGAGUUUAUUGGGAGUGAACCGUCCAAAAAGCGCAAGCGGCGCACCUCCUUCACCCCCCAGGCUCUUGAGAUCCUCAAUGCCCACUUUGAGAAGAACACACACCCCUCUGGGCAGGAAAUGACCGAGAUUGCCGAGAAGCUGAACUAUGAUCGGGAAGUAGUUAGAGUUUGGUUCUGCAAUAAGAGGCAAGCCCUGAAGAACACAAUUAAACGCUUAAAACAGCACGAGCCGGCCUCGGCCGUCCCCCUGGAGCCCUUAACAGACUCUCUGGAAGACAACUCCUAA